UAAUCUGAUCCAUACUCCAAACUGGAAGGUGGCGGUAUUGCACAUGAAGUUGUUUGCCAGCCGCCAUAAAAUAGAAGAAGAAGCCGUAUUUUUUUUUUAUUAUUUUUUUUUUGAAGCAGGAAGUCAGGCUUCUGGGAAAUACAACAGUUGUGAUUAUAACAGUACUAUUAAGGGAUAAGCUAGCUGUUAAGUUGUUAGGUAAACCUUUCCACCAAUGUGUUGGUUGAACGUAGACUGUAUAAAGAAUGGAAAGGGUAAGAGAUGUUUCAGAUAAUGGGUUUGCGGUAAACUAAAGUUAGUGUAAAAAGCUAUGUGGCUAACAAUUCACAUUUACCCUGACAAUUUAUUUAGCUGUGCUUUACUGACAUGGAAAGCAGCUGAACAUUAAACCUAUACGGCCAUUUUGUGUGGCUUAAUAAACUAAUUUGUAGUAGUUUCCGCCCAUUUUUACUUGGGUAUCAGUAAUUUUUUGGCAGUGAGCUUUUUAAGUUUAAUUUGUAAUUUUCCUCUCGUUCAGCGUUAGAGCCACUAUACAUUUUAACACAGUCGCCACAAUGACGGAGACGAUUCAGUCUUUUCAGUCCCAGCUUUCGGGAGUGAUGGAAACGGUGUUCAAGGCUGCCAUCUAUGAGAUCACACGGCUGGUGGAGGAGAGCUUUGUAGAGGAAGUGCUGCGGUGUAGGGAGCAGGUGGAAUCCCUGGAGAAGAGGCUGAAGUCGGCAGAGAGCCGCCGGAAAGAUAGGCAAGACAACGGGAAGGAGAUGUGUGUUGACUGCGGGAGAGCCAGGACGACUGGAGAAGACAAAAGCCUGACAGACAAAAGCUUGAAGCAGGAGAGAGUGACACAAGAAGAGGCACAGAGUUACCAAGGCACUGUUGGAAAGAGACUAAGUAAAAACGCUGAAAAGGCUACGCAAGAGACGAGCAGUGCGGCACAGGGUGCAGGUGUACAACAGGAUACAUGUGAGAGACAACUCAAAGAAGAAACUCCUCAGAGCAUCCAGCCAGAAAACGAGGAAUCCCACGGGUGGAGUGUCGGCAAAGAAGAGACAAGUCUACCAGGACCAAGUAAGCAUUUCAGUGAGCAGAAUAACCCAGCUUGCCAUGUGAACUGGGAACCUGGCUUUGACCAGAGACCGGAGUUGAGCCAAGACAGACAAUUGGAGGUCCUCUCUGAAUCAAAUUUCCAGAACAGGUACGUCUUGAAUGACUUGGGUAGCUUUGGCAAACCUGGAUAUGGAGAGAUGGAUAACUAUGAUGGGCUACAGGGUUCUCCAACCCAUCUACCUGACGGCCUUAGUUAUAUGGAUCAAUUUAACGAGAAUAGGAAAAACCCUGAAGGAGCUGAGCACCAGUGUUACACAGCAGGGUCUCCACAGAAUAGAGGAACUGAGGAGAGCUCCCCUGUUAGGACUAACAGUGAUGUGAGCGGGGAAUUCAGCGGGUUGCUUAUUGAUGAGGAAGGAUAUCUGCAGGAGCCAAAUAUCAGAUACUCCGAUCAGAUAUCUGGUGAUUUGGGCAGCAGAAUGAGCUUUCAAGGACAGGAAGUUCAGUUCCCCAAUGCAUCAUAUGAAUCCUCGGCUUCAUACAAUGACACUUUAAACUUGCAACAAAGAUUAAGUAAUCAAAAUUCAGAAAAUGAAGCAAGGAGCAGCACCCACAACCAUUGUUUUACUACGUUACCUAAUUCAGUUUCUUUUAAGCCCCACAAACAGUCCCAUAAAGGUACAGGACAAGGAUCCUCAUACAUCUGCAACCAGUGUGGGAAGACAUUCACUCAAGCCUGUAAUCUGAAAGUCCAUCAGAGGAUCCACUUAGGGCAGGGCCUCCAUCUGUGCAGCCACUGUGGAAAAGGAUUCCCAUCCUUUGCCAACUUAAAAACUCACAAAUGUGGUCAAACAGGCAACAAACCUUAUUGCUGCGCUGUUUGUGGGAACAAGUUUAGCCGCCUUUGGAACCUGAAGCUGCACCAAAGGAUUCACACGCAGGAAAAACCUCACCAGUGCAGCAUGUGUGAUAAGAGCUUUACUAGGGCAGACAUCCUGAAAGUGCACCAGCGCACCCACACAGGGGAAAGACCAUACUGCUGCGCCAUUUGCGGCCACAGCUUCAAACGCCUGGACCACCUCAAGUCACAUCAGCGCAAACAUGUGACAAACCUAUAGGACUAAAGCAAGCGAGUUUGGGUUUAAUGGUGCUCUCUUUCUUUCAAUCUGGUAAUCUACAAAUGAAUGUUUGCACUGCUAAGUUUCAAACUCUUUAGUUGUCGGUUGCAUUUAUUUAAUGCAAUUAUUUAAAUAUGUUUUAUUAUGAAAAUAAAUGACAAAAUGUAAUAUUUUUCACGUUUAAAUUGAUGUCUUCAACUUAACACCUGCACACUUUGUAUAUUUAAUUAACUGUAUUUGAUUCGAAUGUAUUCAGUGUGAAUUCUCAGCGGCAUAAAAAAUAAAACUGGCUUUGGAUGUCA